AUGGCUGACGCAGCCCCAUCGACUGCGCCUAAGGCGAAGGCGCCUAAGAGCAAGGCUCCCAAAGAGAAGGCCGAGAAAGCGGCCGCAGCAGCUCCCGCUGAACCCGCGAAGGCGAUCCGCAAAGUAUCGUCGAAGCCUCGCCACGGCCGACUGUACGCCAAGGCAGUGUUCACAGGCUACAGACGCGGUCUCCGCAACCAACACGAGAACACCGCUCUGUUGAAGAUCGAAGGUGCUCGUAACCGCGACGACGCAGAGUUCUACGCGGGUAAGAAGUGCGUGUACGUGUACCGCGCUAAGAAGAGGACGGCCAUCCCCGGAGGCCCGCGAGGCAAGAAGACUAAGCUGCGCGCCAUCUGGGGCAAGGUGACCCGCUCACACGGCAACGGGGGCUCCGUACGAGCUCGCUUCAAGUCCAACCUCCCCGCACAGGCCAUGGGACACAGGAUACGAGUGAUGUUGUAUCCCUCAAGGAUUUAA